AUGGACCAUGUUGUGUUGCUGCUGCUGCUGCUGCUGCUGCUGUGUGUUGCUCCAACGGUUCAUUGCUACAGCUCGGGCCUAGUUACGGCGAGCUGUGCUGACCUGCGACCCCGCCACAAUAAGCUGAGCCCGCAGACCGGCCCUGCACCCUACACCAUCACAACGGACCGCAGCAGCUACAGGCUUGGAGAGGAGGUCACAGUCAAGAUUCAGGCUCCAAGCUCCAAACCAUUCUUUGGUUUCCUGUUACAAGCAAGACAGGUUGGGCUGGAAUCUCCUGUGGGCUACUUUACUCUGACAACAAUGGCUGCUCAGAUCCUCACCUGCAGCCAGAGGCCUAGCUCAGCUGUAUCCCAUAAUUCAGUUUCUGCUAAGACAUCCAUUCAGGUGACAUGGAGAUCAGAAUUAUCAGGAAACACAAAACCCGUUCAGUUCCAUGCAUCCUUUGUGCAGAACUUCAAGACGUUCUGGGUUGAUGUUACAAGUCCUGCCCUGACCUUCUUUAAUAAUAUCUCCAAAUCGGGCUGUGGUGUCACCAAAGUGUGUAUCAGUCAGCCUUUAAACUGUGACCCUGCAGUUAGUGUCAACUGUUAUUUCAUGUCAGCCAGCAUAACUCCCAAUGACACAGCCGUCCACUAUGAGAUAACAGGUCCUUCUGAUGGAUACAUCUCUUUUGGAUUCUCAGAUGAUCAGAGGAUGGGAAAUGAUGACAUUUAUAUUUGUGGCAUAGGCAGUAAUGGCCUGGUGCAGUUGCAGCAUGCCAUUUCAACUGGAAAAACGGCUCCAAGAAUUCUUCCUCUGGGGAAUGUUUCUGAUGUAGUAGCAUCAGUGCACGGCAUGGUUAUCAGCUGUUCCUUCACCUCAAUGAAUCCAAUUUCUACUCAAAGGACAUCUGGCUUUAACAUGGCCUACUAUCUCAUGUAUGCCCAUGGACCCAGCAGCAAUGGACUAAUCCAGUUCCAUGCAGAUACCUUCAUCAGCUCUGACAAGAUUGAUAUUUCCAGACCUCAGCUUGUCACAAUAGGAGUAUGGCCUCCUAUUAUCAAAGUACAUGGAUCACUGAUGCUGAUAGCCUGGAUGACCACAGGAUCACUGGGAAUGAUGGUAGCCAGGUAUCUAAAAGGAUUGGCCAAGGGACAGAACCUGUGGGGCAAAGAUGUCUGGUUUCUGGUCCAUGUUGCAGUGAUGAGUUUGACAGUAGUAGCUACAGCCAUUGCUUUCAUCCUCUCAUUCUCAUAUGCCAAGGACUGGUCUGGGGGUGCCCACCCUGUUUUAGGCUGCCUGGUUAUGAUCAUGUCUUUCCUCCAGCCCAUACUGGCUAUGCUGCGCUGUGGCCCACAACAUGCACUGAGGUUUCUGUUCAACUGGACUCAUGCUUUGAAUGCAGUGGUAAUAAAGACUUUAGCUGUGGCAGCAACAUGCACAGGCCUGAUGUUGAUUGACAGCACUCCGGAACAAUGGCUGAUAAAAGUGAUGGGUGGUUUUAUUGGCUGGGAAGCUUUCUUCUACAUCCUGUUGGAGGUCCACUUAAAAUGGCCGGUCAACACAACAGAUACUUUGGAAUCUUCUACGAAAUCAGUUGAUGUCCUGCUGAUGACUUUGUUCUUCGUGGGAAAUCUGGCCUUUUUGGUGGCAUUGUUGGUUGGAAUUGGAAUUUCAUAA